GUACUACACUCCCAUCCCUCUAAAAAAACAAAAAACAGAAGUGGUAGAAAGUAGAAACAGGGUUAUCCAUUUCCUCUUCCACAAGCUCCGUACAAAUUCUCUGUUACCACCUGACAUGAUUUCUGUUUCAACUUCACAACUCUGUUUUCGGUACCACACUCUUCUUCUCCUUCAUCAUACUCCUUGAAUCAGAUUCUCUCUCUUCACUUGACCUUCCCGUCAAAAGAAAUAAUAUAAAAAGGUCUCUUUUUCGCUGUUUUUCUCGAAAUACUUUCUUAUUCCGUCAGUUCAAUCGCCAUUAAUUUCCCUUCUUUGAAGCUUGGCAACUUCCCCACCUUUUCACUGUGCUAUUCAGCUUCCGAAAUUCGGUUGCUUAAUAAUUUUAAUGGCUGUUUCUCACCAUUAUCGAAAGUGUUUAAUGUCACGGUAAAAAAUCACUGCAUACGAUAUUUGCUCGGAUUACGAAAAUUAGGGUUUUGAAAGGUGAAAAAGUUCAUGAAUUAUGCUUCCGUGGGGUGGGCUUAGCUGUUGUUUGAGUGCAGCUGCACUUUAUCUUCUCGGAAGAAGCAGUGGGAGGGACGCGGAAUCUCUGAAAUCUGUGGGCAGAGUUAAUCAGCUGAAAGAUUUGGCAGUACUGCUAGAUGCAGCAAGCAAAGUUAUACCUCUUGUUGUCUGUGUGUCUGGACGAGUUGGCUCUGAGACGCCAAUAAAGUGCGAAUACAGUGGUUUACGAGGUGUCAUUGUGGAAGAAACGGCUGAGCAACACUUCUUAAAACACAAUGACGCUGGUUCAUGGGUACAGGAUUCUGCAUUGAUGCUGUGUAUGAGUAAAGAGGUGCCAUGGUACCUGGAUGAUGGGACAGGUCGUGUUUAUGUUUUGGGAGCACGAGGUGCUACUGGACUGGAACUAACUAUUGGGAGUGAGGUUUUUGAGGAAUCUGGACGAUCCCUUGUGCGUGGGACAUUGGAUUAUCUCCAAGGUCUUAAGAUGCUUGGAGUGAAACGUACAGAACGAGUUCUUCCUACUGGGACACCCUUGACGGUUGUAGGUGAGGCUAUCAAAGAUGAUAUUGGCACAGUUCGCAUUCAGCGUCCUCACAAAGGGCCUUUUUAUGUUUCUCCAAAAGCUAUUGAUCAGCUAAUUGCAAAUCUUGGGAAGUGGGCUAGGUGGUAUAAAUAUGCUUCUAUGGGGUUCACUGUUAUUGGAGUCUAUCUGAUUGCUAAGCAUGCUCUUGGACUUAUCCUUGAAAGAAGGCGUCGUUGGGAGCUGCAUAAACGGGUUCUUGAUGCCGCAGCAAAAAGAUCAGGACGGGAUGAUGGAAUAGAUGAUAGUGGAUCAGAUAGUGUUAAGAGAGAUUGUUUGAUGCCAGAUCUCUGCGUCAUAUGCCUGGAACAAGAGUAUAAUGCUGUGUUUGUCCCGUGUGGUCAUAUGUGCUGCUGCACAGCUUGUUCGUCGCAUCUGUCAAAUUGUCCUCUCUGUCGACGACGCAUUGAGCAGGUUGUUCGAACAUUUCGUCACUGAGAUUGAGAUAUGUUUUCCUAAUGCACCAGAUUUAAGGACUAAUCGGAAAUUGGUGCUGGGUCUGAGAAUGUUAGAUGUAGCUGAUAUAAGAAAUUGCUAAACCCUCAAAUCUAUAGUAAAUAGGUUACCUAUUUGAAAUUGUUGCUUGUAAGGUAAUUUGUGUUGCCUUCAUUUCGGGGAACUACCAUAUGCAUAAUUUCUUGAUGUUUUUGGCAGUA